AUGAUUAGAUGCAAGAGCGCAUAUCCUCAUACCUUACACUGGCUAUUUGUGGCAUCGCACUUAUCAGCAGCACCAUCAGCUGCAAUAGGUAAGCAGCAUGGGAAAGCACAUGUUCAUUCUCCGGCAAUGCUUGUUUCUGGUUCCCCCAAGGUUGAUUCAUCCUCAUCCUCAUCCAUGACCAAGAUUGAUGAGCCUGCAACAAACUCUGUUCCUGAUUCCACCAAGGUUGAUUCAUCAUCCUCCUCCAUGAUGACCAAGAUUGAUGAGCCUGCAACAAACUCUGCGAUAGCCGGUUUCUUCAGGCAUAAGUUCCCAUUCCAAGGCUGGCCUUUCCACAAGUAUGCUCCUUUCCCAAUGGGUAAGCCUACAAAUCCCUCUGUACCUGCAACAACACCGUCGUCUUCUGGAGCUGCUUCUGCUGAGGAAGAGGAAUCUGAGAAGGUGCCUUCUUCUCCAAACAAAGGAAACAACAGAGAUGGAGGCAACGCAUAAUGAUUGAAGAUUUACUGU